CAGAAGAACCUACCACAACAGGGUAGGGGUGGGCAUACGGUUCGGUAAAAUCGAGCCGAACCUAACCGAACUGUAUAUAAACCGAACCGAAAUCGAAUUAAUGUUAUUCGGUUAGAAAUUCGGAAGAGAAAAGGACAUGUUUCAGAAACCAGGGUCCUUUCGACCGAACCGAAUUUCCGAAUUUCGAACCGAAAAACCGAAUUAUUAUAAUUGCAAGCUCUAAAUGGUGGAUUAAUGGAUUUUAUGUUUCUACUUAUUAUGAGACUUAAAUAUUUGAAUCAUGUUAGCGUUUUAUGACUUAUGUGUUGAAAUUUUUGAUUUUAUCAUUGAUGAUGGAUAUUUAUUGUUUACAUUAGGGAUGAAAAAUAAUUUAAAAAAGAGAAGAUACAAGCUAACCUCACAAGUUCGGUUUUGUAUGAAAAACCAAACCGAAUUACAAUUCGGUUUGAACCGACCGAACCGAAUUAUAAUUCGGUUCAAAUUCGGUUUGAGGUUUGAUAGAAUUCGGGGACCCGGUAUGCAUAAUUUCGGUUCGGUUUGAACCGAACCGACCGAAUGCCCAUCUCUACAACAGGGACUGUCACCAAAGAGGCUCAAGAUUCGAGAGAGGUUGCUCGAGGUCGAUGGAGACAUUUCGUAGCAAGGACGCGACGAGGGCAUCGCGAGAAUAGGUGGGAGAGGAUGUCACGGGUGGCGGGCGACAUGGCGAGUGAUGUGGCGGAUCAUGACCAAGUCAAGCACGUAUGGCAUUAAGGAAGACCUAGUGGCAUAGGAUGCUCCUAGGAUACCCCAUCUUGAAGACGAGCUUAAUGGUGCACAUAAAGAACCACAUUAUGAGGUGGUAUAAAGGUGUGCAUUAUGGGGAAAACAUAAUAGGGUGUGUUAAUGGGGGAGAGCAUUAUGAGAGAUAUUUACACCUUGUAAGAGAAGAGGGCCUAUAAAGGAGCACCUCCUCCUCAUUUGUAAUCAUCCAUCAUUUUUGUGAGCAAUACAACUAUAGAGUUUCUCUCAUCUUCUUGUGUCUUCUUCUUGUGAGUUAAGUGAGUUUGAGAGCUUGUGAGAAGGCUGCCUAGCAUCUCUAACAGAAUUGAGAGUUAGGGCCGCACGACCAUGUGGUACUUUGCUCUUGUUGACGACUCUAACACGAUUUUCGGCCAGAAUUAGGACGCAAUCAAAUGGGUUAUUCUUCUGUGUUUUCCGGUCAUUCGUUUCUUUUGAUUGAGUUAUGACAAAUAUAAGUGUCUAGUGGUGGUGACGAUGAAGUGGGGAAGGAGAUUCGGCCGGUGGAGAUUUUGCAAUCCUAGUGACUAUUCAGCCAGAUUAGACAAUAUUUCCCCUGGGUUCGAUUAAGAGCUUUGAUGGUUAUGGGUGUCUUUCGUGUUUUUGGACAUCGAGUUCUUAAGUGUGUUUAGUGGUGGUGAUGACAAAGUGGGGAGAGGAGAUGUUAGUGAGGCGUGGAAGAAAGAGGUCAAAUGAGAUAAGAGGGCAAACUAGGGUCAAAAUUCAGUGGUCACUUCUAGGGGUGGGCAAUGGGUUGGUCCAUACCGGACCACAUCAGACUGAUUGAUGUUUGGACCGGAUCGCACCGAAUCGAAUAUAAUACGGUUCGAUCCUUGGUCCAACAAAUUUUAUAAAUAUGGAAGGAAAAUGGACUGAAUUGAUAUUUGGAUCGGACCAAAGAGGACUAAAUCAGACCGAAUGCACCAUUGGUUCGGUCUUUGGUUCUAAAAUAUCUUUCACUAUUGGAUCGCGGUUCUCCUGAGUUUGGUCUGAUCCGGUCUGGACAGACCAGACCGAUGCCCACCCCUAGUCACAUCCUCCAUUGAUCAGUGACGACAACGACUCGGUUCAUGAUAAUGAGAUGGCGGUGUGGUUGUGGUUGGGAGAGAGGCGAGAGGAGAUGGAAGAGGAAGGCAGAGAAGAAAUGAGGGCGUCAUGGGAAAAUGGAAGGAGAGAGAAGGCAGGGAGAUGGUGGUAGAGUAUAGGGUCGGGUCACAGGUUGAGUUAGGAAAACUGACGUGGUAGGUUUUGAUGAUGUGAUAGAAUUUAAUUUUUCCAGGUUAAAAUAAGAUUAUUAAGUGUUUUUGUUAGGCAAGUAAGCAAAAAAAAAAUACAUCGUUAACGGAGACUAACAAAAGAUAAUGUAGACUGAUCAAUUUUUUUUAUGAGAAGACUGAUCAAAUUUAAAAUAGUUAACUAAUUUCCGUAAACACGAAUGAAAUAUUAAUAUUUUUCGUGCCUAAAUGUGAAACUUUUUAAUAAUGAGUAUUCGUAAUGACCACCACUAUACUCACAAUAAUCCACUUCAUUUAAUCUGCUUUUUCUGAGUUGCAUAUUUGCCUUAUCUCAAUCUCAGUCAUAUAAAUACACCCUCCACCUUCACUUUUCUCCUCCACCCCCGAACCUCUGUUUUUUCUUAACAAAAAGAAGGGGAAAAAAAACUAUUUCUCCCAGUCAGUAACUUUACCAAAUGAGAAACAUGGAUUCAUCGCGGCUGUGGCGGAUGGUGCUUCUGUUGGCGGCGGCGCUGCUGGCCGGAGUGGUGGAGUCGGACCUGCAGCAGGACAAAACAGAGUGCGCGUCCCAGCUGGUGGGACUGGCGCCGUGCCUGCCAUACGUCGGCGGGGAGUCCAAAGCUCCGACGCUUGACUGCUGCUCGGGACUGAAGCAGGUGAUAGAGAAGAGCAGGAAGUGCCUGUGCUUGCUGAUUAAGGACCGCGACGAGCCCAACUUGGGCGUCAAGAUCAAUGUCUCCCUCGCCGUUGGCCUCCCAGAUUCCUGCAAAUCUCCCGCCAACAUCUCUGAUUGCGUCAGUCUGCUUCACCUGAAGCCUAAUUCGACGGAGGCGAAGAAGUUUGACGGACUGGAUGAAAUCAUUGGUAAAGGAAUCAACGGCAGCAGUACUACUACUGACGGCGGCGGCCCUUCUGCAGCGGCUGCUUCGGCGGCCAGCGGGGGCAGAGCAACUGUCGGCGGCGGUGGAAGUAAUGAGAACCAAAAGAGCAAUGAUGGGGGAGAUGAGGCAAAGAAAAAGAAGCGAGGGUGGGCAGUUGUCACGGCGGUGGGUGUAUUAUGGGGAUUAAUCACGGGUUUCUCCUUCUCCUUCUCCUGA